GUUCUAUGGAGCGAUGUUAAUAGUAGUGUGUCUGCUUUAUGUGGUCCCUGUGGGCUGGGUGCUCGCUGGACUCAACACCAUCGUCUUCCUGUGGAACAGAGACUUCUACAGAGUUUUGUUGGACCAAAGGAAGAUGUUUCACUUUGGUCAAACACAGUCCUCAGAGGGAGGCUGCAAAGAACAGGAACAGGGCAACUUGCUGGACAGGACCCCUACACCCACUAGCUUGGAGGACCUCUCUCCUGGGAGUGUAGAGGAAGCUGAGGAGGCUGAACCAGAUGAUGAAUUUAAGGAUGCGAUUGAGGAAAACUCAGUUUCACUGCCGGAAACUCCUUUACUUCUGUUGGAGGAUGAUGACGGACCUCUCGGAGCUCCAGAGUGUGACGCCAUCUCUGARAAUUGCCUGUUGAGUCGCAACGAACCCAUACGCACCAAGGUGUCCAAACUGACGGAGAAACUGCGUAAACGCUAUCCCACUGCCGCGCCUGGCAACUGUUCCAGCUGCAACACCACGUUCACAGUUCUGAAGAAGAGGAGGAACUGCAGUAAUUGUGGCAACAUCUUCUGUACUCGAUGCUGUUCCUUCAAGGUGUUGAGAUCUGUCAUGGGGGCAACAGCUCCAGAGGCGCAGAGAGAGACCGUGUUUGUGUGUUCUACCUGUAACUCCUCCCUCACCAAGCUACAGUGAGAUGACCUGUUAGUUCAGAACCCUUCACKGGAACCCAAACCUACAGACCUCAGUUUUCUCAUAAAGGUCUAUACAAUUUUAAAGAAAUCUAAGUGGAAUUCCAGGCCCUACCUGCCUUUAGCAGCUGCAUUUCUCCGUCGUGUCUCAUAUUGCUUAUGGGAUUUGUGCUGUGGUGUGUUGAGAUAUUCCCUGCUUGAACGCUCAGAGRUGGGUUGGACCUCAUGAGUCCUUGAAGGCGUAAUACAGAGCAUUAUGGCCUGGAAAUCAAAUCUCUGCUUUCUUUCUGCUAUCUAAGUKGAGAGAGGCAUAA